AUAGGGCUGCUGGUUCGGGUUAUUCAGUUAGUUCGGAUCGGUUAGUUUGAAUCGAUAGAAAUUUCACAAAAAUAAACCAAAAGCCGAUACCACACUCGAAAUCUACUGUACGUAACUAAGUACAUAGGGCCGUUGGUUCGGGUUAUUCAGUUAGUUCGGGUCGGUUAGUUUAGAUCGGUAGAAAUUUCAUAAAAAUAAACUGAAAGCUGAUACCACACUCGAAAUCUAUUGUACGUAACUGAUUAAGUACAUAGGGCUGCUGGUUCGGGUUAUUCAGUUAGUUCGGGUCAGUUAGUUUGGAUCGUAGAAAUUUUACCGAAAUAAAUCAAAAGCCGAUACCACACUCGAAAUCUAUUGUAUGUAACUGACUAAGUACAUAUGGCUGCUUGUUCCGGUUAUUCAGUUAGUUCGGGUCGGUUAGUUUGGAUUGGUAGAAAUUUCACCGAAAUAAACAGAAAAUACUCAGUUCAGUUUAGUUUUCGGUUAGUUCAGUUAAUUUUGGUUUAAACUUUUGAAAAAUUGAUUAGUUUUGAUUAUUUUGGUAAUUUGAUUCAAAAAUCCAAUUAAGAUUAGUACUGUUUGAAAUUUUUUUUAAAGAAAAUCCGAUUACCGAACCGAAACAAACCAAACCAAACCGAAAAUCAAUUUUUUUUUAGUUGCCAAACUGAACUAAACUAACUGGACUUCUCGGGUCAGUUCUGUUCGGCAAGUUUAAAUCAGGUUUAUACCCAUAUGUAAUGUUACUCGUCAAACCAAACUGAACCGGUAACCGAGUUGAUUAUGAAGAGCUCUCCAAACCAAACGAAAACCGAAAAUUCUGGUCCGGUUCAAAUUCGCAAAGCUACAUUUCAUUCUUGUGUUCUAGUGGGCUUUUUACCAACGGCACGGCCCGUAUCACCUCCAAACCAGCCCAUAAUGGCCCAUUAAAUUAUUUUGAAACUCAAAAAAAAAAAAAAAUCAAAUUCGAAAAUAUACAUCUCCCUCCCUCCCGAGGGAAAACAUUUUUGGCUCCAAACUCGAAAACAUUUUCACAAAAAAAAAAAAAGCGCCUACGAGCUUUUGGUUGUUAUAAACAAUCUCUUCCCCAACUCCAAAAUGAAAAUCUCCAAAUCGCUCAAACUCCACCGCUCCAAUCCACCGUCGAAUCUCCUCCUCGUCCGUCGUCCGUCAUCGAUCUCAAACCUUCCACCUAUGGAGAACAAUCUUAAGCGCCAGCGAACAACACGCGUCGCCGGAAGAAGCUCCAAGCGCGGCCGGGAGACGUACGCGGUUUCGAUAAUCACUCAGAUCACCGAGAUCGAGGAAGAAGAAACAGAUCUCGUCGUCGCGAUCAGCCGCCACGUGGAUGUUCUUAACUCCAGCUUCUCAGAUGCGGGAGAUGUCAAAGGAGCUGCUGCUGCUCUCUCCUCCCUCGCUAAAACUGACGAAAACGUGGAGAUGAUGGUGGAGAACGGAGCGAUUCCCGCUUUGGUUAGAAACUUGGAAUCGCCAUGGUCUUUAGCAAUCAGCGGGAACGUUGCCAAGUCUUGUGAUCAUAAGCUGGAGAAAGAUUGUGCUGUUUCACUUGGACUCAUUGCUGCUAAUCAGCCUGCUUACCAGCAGCUAAUUGUAGAUGCUGGGGUUAUAGCUCCGACUGUGAAGUUGUUGAAGAGAAGAGGGGUUUGUAUUGGGUGCAUGGAAGCUAAUGCUGUUCUUAGGAGAGCAGCUGAUAUCAUCACUAAUAUUGCUCAUGAUAAUCCAAGGAUUAAAACUAAUAUAAGGGUUGAAGGUGGCAUUCCACCACUUGUUGAGCUUUUGGAUUUUCCGGAUGUUAAGGUACAGAGGGCGGCUGCUGGGGCCUUGCGUACAGUUUCUUUUAGAAAUGAUGAGAACAAGAACCAAAUUGUGGAGUUGAACGCUUUGCCCACGCUUGUAUUGAUGCUUCAGUCAGAAGAUCCUUCUGUGCAUGGCGAAUCGAUUGGGGCAAUUGGAAAUCUUGUCCACUCAUCUCCUGACAUCAAGAAAGAUGUUAUCCGCGCUGGUGCCUUGCAACCAGUAAUCGGUCUACUUAGCUCACCUUGCUUGGAGACACAGAGAGAAGCAGCAUUGUUAAUUGGUCAAUUUGCUGCGCCUGAUUCAGACUGCAAGGUGCACAUUGCCCAGAGAGGUGCCAUUACACCAUUAAUUAAGAUGCUUGAGUCAUCAGAUGAGCAGGUCACGGAAAUGGCAGCGUUUGCUCUUGGUCGUUUGGCCCAGGACACACACAAUCAGGCUGGGAUUGGGCAAAGAGGAGGCAUUAUUUCACUAUUAAAUCUUCUUGAUGUGAAAACUGGAUCUGUGCAACACAACGCUGCCUUUGCUUUGUAUGGCCUUGCAGAUAAUGAGGAAAAUGUAGCAGAUUUCAUAAAGACUGGAGGUAUUCAAAAGCUUCAAGACGACAACUUCACCGUUCAACCGACUAGGGACUGUGUUGUGAGGACAUUGAAGAGGCUAGAGAACAAGAUUCAUGGACCUGUACUAAACCAACUAUUAUAUCUAAUGAAAACCACUGAGAAGAAUAUACAAAUGCGAAUUGCUUUGGCUCUUGCACAUCUUUGUGACCCUAAAGAUGGAAAAUUAAUUUUCAUCGAUAACAGUGGAAUGGAGUUUUUGUUGGAGCCUCUAUACAUCUCAAGCAUGAAACAGCAGAAGUAUAGCGCAAGAGCUUUAUUCGAAUUAGCUACAAAAGCUACAUCCUUUGCACCAGAGGACUCAGCUCCUUCCUCACCCACACAGCGGGCGUUUUUGGGUGAGGAAUUCGUGAACAACCCUACUUUGUCCGAUGUCACAUUCCUGAUCGAUGGUAAACAAUUCUUUGCUCACAAGAUUUGCUUGGUAGCUUCCUCUGAUAUAUUUCGUGCAAUGUUUGAUGGCCUUUACAAGGAACGCAACGCCCAAAAUGUGGAGAUCCCAAAUAUAAGCUGGGAAGUGUUUGAGCUUAUGAUGAGAUUCAUAUACACAGGAAAAAUCAACAUCACAAAAUACUUGGCUCAAGAUCUGCUUGUAGCAGCUGAUCAGUAUCUUCUCGAAGGUCUCAAGCGGCUUUGUGAGUACACAAUCGCGCAGGACAUCUGUGUGGAAAACAUACCGUUCAUGUACGACUUAGCAGAUACAUUCAAUGCGUCAGCCUUAAGACGAGCAUGCACUCUCUUCGUUCUUGAGCAUUACACUAAGCUCAGCUCUGAACUGUGGUUUCCCAUGUUCAUAAAGAAAAUAAUACCAGAAAUCCGGAGCUACAUCACUGAUAUUCUCAGACGGCCAGUCCAAGCUAGCAGCUAGUCCAACCAUUGUAUAAAAAAGAUUCUUUUUUGGUUAGAUAACUGGUCUAUAUUUUGUAACUGCUAUAUGCUAAAUUCAAAAAUAUCAAGAGGCCUCAAAGUCAGUGUUCUUUAUUCUACUUUAUAAAUAACUUUUACU